AUGUCCCUUACAUUGGGGGUCAGUGGGAAGAAUGUCCCUUACAUUGGUGAUCAGUGGGAAGAAUGUCCCUUACAUUGGUGGUCAGUGGGAAGAAUGUCCCUUACAUUGGGGGUCAGUGGGAAGAAUGUCCCUUACAUUGGUGGUCAGUGGGAAGAAUGUCCCUUACAUUGGGGGUCAGUGGGAAGAAUGUCCCUUACAUUGGGGUCAGUGGGAAGAAUGCCCCUUACAUUGGGGGUCAGUGGGAAGAAUGUCCCUUACAUUGGGGGUCAGUGGGAAGAAUGUCCCUUACAUUGGUGGUCAGUGGGAAGAAUGUCCCUUACAUUGGGGGUCAGUGGGAAGAAUGUCCCUUACAUUGGUGGUCAGUGAGAAGAAUGUCCCUUACAUUGGUGGUCAGUGGGAAGAAUGUCCCUUACAUUGGUGGUCAGUGGGAAGAAUGUCCCUUACAUUGGGGGUCAGUGGGAAGAAUGUCCCUUACAUUGGGCAGGGAGGGUGAUUGGUACGGCGGGGAGGCAAUUACUGGAACAGAUCCCCUGUAUGGCUCCCUUUGCAGCAGUUGAAAGCCGGCUUCUUCUCUUCU